AUGUCAGUCGUGGCGCCUGGCGUCGGCGGCUGGCCAAUCCCUCAGCCUGCAGCCUUUGUCAGCGCAUCCGCGGACGUGCUGUUCGUGCGGGAGGGCCUCGCCGUUGAUCCCGGCGGCCCGGCGUGGUCCGUGUACUGCCUCUGCGACGGCCACGCGGGCUCACUGGCGGCAAAGUAUGUCAGGCGGCACCUGUGGAGGGAGCUGGGCCAGUCGCUGCCCAAACGCGUCAAACUCGACUGCGGCGGCCAAGGUGAGGGGCGGGGUGCAGGGGGCACCGCGCGCCCGUGCUGA